CCUUAUGUCUUUAUAUAGUGUAAACGGAUGACCGGACAGUUCUGAGAGUGCAUCGCAUCCACUCUGCCUCUCUCCAUCUCCACUGCUCUCUCUCUGCAGGGCCCCUGUCACUCUUUUACUCCAGCAGCAUCCACCAAAGCCUCUUCUCCUCAGCUCCCCUUCUUUACUCCUGUCUCUUCUCCCCUGCUGUGAAAACAAUGGCCACGCCGAGCCUGCUCCUCACUUUAUCCGUGUGGCUUCUGUCUGGGAGCCUCUUAGCGGAGGCGACUUACUACCGGCACCACCGUUACGUCCCCCACUUCUACCGCUACCGGGAGCACUCUGCCAACACGGAAAACCUCCUCCCUGAGGUCUCCAACCCGGAGCCUGAAGUCCCGCAGCCCGGCGUGCCGAUCUACCCCGAGAUCCCCGAGGUGUUCCACCCGGCACCUGAAGUCAUCCACUCCAUACCAGAGGCUUUCCACCCGGUGCCCGAAGUCGUGCAUCCUGCACCUGAGCCAAACCAAUCUGAUGUCUUCUAUCCGGUGAUUGAAGCCUCCGCCCCUGUCAACGUGAGCCGGGUGUUCUACGGGAUCAUGUUUGACGCUGGGAGCACAGGCAGCAGGAUCCACAUCUACAAGUUCAUCCAGAAAGACCCUGUUGAGCUGCCAGUUCUGGACAAUGAAUUGUACCAUGCGGUGAAGCCUGGCCUUUCUGCUUAUAAGGACAACCCUGAGGAGGGUGGCAACACCAUCCGACAGUUGCUGAAGAUUGCCAAGAAGACAGUGCCAGAAGACAACUGGAAGAGGACCCCAGUGGUCCUGAAGGCCACAGCGGGCCUGCGCCUGCUGCCUGAAGACAAGGCUAAUGCUCUUCUGAAGGAGGUGCGAGAGGUAUUUGAUGAGUCCCCUUUCUUUGUGCCAAACAACAGUGUUUCCAUCAUGAAUGGAGCAAAAGAAGGAGUCCUCGCCUGGGUCACAGUGAACUUCCUUACAGGUCACUUGUACUCCAACACAAGGAGGACAGUGGGCAUCCUGGAUUUGGGUGGAGGAUCUACGCAGAUCACAUUUCUUCCCAAGUCAAAGAAAACGGUUCAGUCUGCUCCCCCCACUUACAUCUCUAAUUUCAACCUCUUCAAAAAUACCUAUCAACUCUACACACACAGCUACCUUGGAAAUGGACUGUAUGCGGCUCGACUGGCAACUCUUGGAGCACUAGGAGCUGAUGGUCUAGAUUGGAAAGUCUUCACUAGUUCCUGCCUCCCGAAAAAGUUCACAGAAGAUGUGACUUUUGGAGGAACCACCUACAAAGUUAGUGGGAUUCCAGACGGCUAUGCAGGCUAUAAGCUGUGCUACUAUGAAGUUAUGAAGGUAAUCAAAGGAAUAGUGCACCAGCCUUAUGAAGUGAAAGGCAGCAGUGUCUUCUACGCCUUCUCUUACUACUUCGACAGAGCUGUGGAGUCCGGCCUCAUCGAUGGCAGUCGAGGUGGUGCGGUUGAAGUCAGGGAUUUUAAGAAGAGAGCCAAGGAAGUGUGCAACAAAAUGACCAAGUACCGUGCUAUCAGCCCCUUCCUCUGCAUGGAUAUGACAUACAUCACUUGUCUGCUAAAGGAUGGCUUUGGCUUCAAGGACAGCACUGUGCUGCAGCUAGCCAAGAAAGUGAACAACGUGGAGACGAGCUGGGCCCUGGGGGCAACCUUUGACUACUUCAGAAACCUCAACAUCCACUAAGGACAGCUCGCUGUCACUGCAGCCAGCACUGAGAGGGACAGUCUGUCACUGUGGGGCUUCCCGUCGCCCGUCUGCCCUCGAUCAGACACACCUGGUCCCACCACGCCCCUCCUCUUUCCCCUCAACCUCAGUACCCUGCGAACACUCCGAGAACUGUUGAAAAAAGAAAUCACUAUAUUUUUAUAAGGCCAGCUAUUUCUACUGUAUGUUGAGCUCAUAACUGGUGGGCUGACUUUAUUUUUGUAAAACGUUUACAUUUUUGAUUCCUUAUAGGGGUGUCUGAUCUGAAAUGUCUUUCUCACCUACCUGCUAAGUGUGUAGAGGGUAACCAGUCAUGGUAUAUUGGUGCUUACUGUGGUCCUGGUGUGCACUGUACAGUACAGGGGGAUUUAUUUAGAGACUAGUUGCUGAAAGUGCAACCAUCUUUCUAAAUGCUUGUAAAUCAAUCUUCGUUUCAUUCUAGCAGUAAAUAAUUUGACAUAAUCCAAAUUUAUUUGCCCCAUAGCCAUCAUUAGAAAUAGAGCAGUUGACAACCGUACAGCUUCUUUUCUUCAACUUUGCACAUAACACUUUAAUUGCAGAUAGUGUAGCUAAGACAGUUGCUUUGAUGUCGACUAAAGAAAAGAGUUGUACAUAUUUAUUAAGUAGUGUUGGAUUCAUCGUGACUUAAGGGGGCAAAGAGAGCGCUGUGGAGAGAUGCCUCUCACUGACUGAGUUGUAGAGAUGUAUGAGGUUAAUGCCUGUAGUUUUAAAGCCCAGCCAUUUGUUUUGUCUAGGGUGGAAAAGAUCUUAUCAAGCAUGGUUAAAUUGCAGGGGCCCUUGGUCUGAACUCCAUUUUAGACUAGUGAUUGAAUGACCUCUCAUCAAGAGUAGAUAGUGCGUCCAACAAUGUAAUUUACAGCCAUUAAAUACAAAACAAAAUCUAAACAGAAAAUGUAAAAGGUUUGAAACCCAACUCUUUCAUUUGUUUGUUUUCUCAAAAACAUUAGUAAUAAUGAAUUCUGUUUUUGAAUGUUCUUGUGAACUGUACAAAUAUUUAAAUAACUUUAUAUAAUGUAGUGUAUUUUAAUUAUCCUUAUCAUAUAUUAACUCUUGACCUUUCUGUGUAUCUCAUCUUUAAACCAUGUCUUUGUCUUUCCAGUAUUCAUGUUCAAUAACUACUGCUGUAUAUACAUAAUGUAAACUUUUAUUUAGUGAACUCUUUUGACAGGAAAUGCUUUUAUGUUGCAAAUACUUUAUGCUGCAGUUGCUCAGAAAUGCCUGUAUGUUCAUCAGUAUGAAUCACCUGAUGAAUAACCUG